AGCGGUGCAGGUGCAAGAAGAUCAAGCCCACGCUGUCCACCUACCUGAGCAAGAACUACAGCUACAUCAUUCAUGCUAAAGUAAGAAGUGUAGAAAGAGGGAGCUGCAACGAGAUAACAACUGUGGUCGAGGUAAAAGACAUACUCAAGUCUUCAAUGCCUAUUCCUCUGUCUCAAGUGCCUCUUCUUACAAAUUCCUCGUGCCAGUGUCCACCUCUUCAACCAAAGCAGGAUGUUCUCAUCAUGUGUUAUGAAUGGCGUUCAAGGUUGAUGCUUCUUGAUGGAUGUCUAGUUGAAAAAUGGAAGGAUCAACUAAACAAAAGAGUUAAGAGAUGGGAACAGAGACUGCAGGAGCAAAAGCAGCGAACAGCCCACAGCAAGAACCAGAAUGCAGGACGCAGUGGUCGCAGUGGGGCAUCCAAACCACCAGCAAAGAAUACCCACCCAUUGGUCAGUGGCCCCAAAAAGGCCAAAACAAGAAAUGGUCAGAAAGAAAUAAACCCUAAAAAAGUAUGA